AAAAUAAUUUAUAUGCAGUUUAAUCUCGUGUAAGAUGGAUGUAGUCUCAGUUCAGCAAAUCCCAGCCUAAGACCAUUUGUAGUGGUGAGGUAUUAGGAGUCCAAAAUGUUAAAUGUGGAACUUUUGGAUCCUAAUUGUGUGUAGACGGUGUAGUGGUGGUUUAUAUGGGGUAUUAGAGCAUCUUUAAUGGGAAUGUGGAUUGCAUCCCAUAAAAAAUGGACACAUCAACUAUGUAGAGAGGCCGUGAAGCUGAGAUGGACUCACAGACGGGUAAAUUAAAAUUUUCUCUCCAACGGUGCUUAAGAAAUUAUGUUUAUGGCUACAAGCCUACAACCGCCCUAGCUAAAAUCAUACUCAGUAACUCUUUAUUUCCUUCUACCAUCCCUCUUCAAAAGCAUUAUCUAAAAGGAGAUCAAUUCGUAUCAUUUAUACCAUGCACUUGAGCAUCAACAACUUUACAGUAAUUCUCUCAAAUAAAAAAAAACUUUGUAGUAAUUCAUAAUUAAAUAAAAUAGAAAGAGAUGCGUCAAAAAAAAAUAGAAAGUGUAACGGCUAAAUUCUAUUAUGGCAUUAGUCUCCAUAAUUAGAUACUACCUUGUAUAGAUUACUUUUAUUCCUUGAUUUAUUGCCUAGAAUAGCACUACCGUUGCAGCCCAUUAUCAUUGUAUAAAUACUCCUUAUUAUGUCAAUAAUAAUACAUAGCCUUCAAUUCUAGUUUUUCCACAUGGUAUCAGAGAGAUUUUUUUCCUCUUUUCCCACUUCUCCUUAACAUGCUGUAAGUUUUUACAAAAAUUUCAGCACCUCCAUGGCCAACGAUGAUGCUUCCUCCACCCAUGAUGAUGAUGACAUUAAUCCCACCAGCUCACUUCAUUCUUUUGGCCAUGAAAAGUCUUCUCCUUAUGACCUUGAAAGCCCUUAUCACUUGCUCUCUUCCGACAAUCCCGGCGUCUCUCUCGUCGGCCAGCCUCUUAUGGGCCUCGAGAAUUAUUCUUCUUGGUCCCUUGCCAUGACAAUGGCGCUUAAAGGUCGCAACAAAUUCUGUUUCGUUGACGGGACCUUACCGCCUCCUCCCGAGGGUCAUCGGGACCACGCUCGAUGGCAACGCAUAAAUAACAUGGUUAUGUCGUGGCUUCUACAUUCAGUCCAUUCAUCUCUUUCUCCCACGGUUUUAUAUGCUCCAGAUGCCGCCACUGUUUGGUCCGACUUCAAGGACCGCUACUCCACCGCCAAUGGGCCUCGCAUUUAUGAGAUUGAACGCUCAAUUGCCACUCUCCGCCAGCAAGAUGAUUCAAUUCCUGCCUAUCAUAACAAACUCUCAGGAUUAUGGGAAGAACUUAAUCUCCUGGACCCUCCACCGCAAUGCACUUGUACUGCCCGGGCAGCAUAUUUUUCUCAAAUCGAACGCCGUCGUUUGAUGCAGUUCUUGAUGGGUCUUCGGGAUACAUAUGCUCAGUCCCGUAGUCAACUCCUUCUCAAUACCACACUCCCUUCCGUGAAGCGUGCAUAUUCUCUUCUCCUCCAAGAUGAAGCCCAACGACUUCACGCUCCAUCUACUUCCUUGGAACACACUGCCUUCCAGUUGGCUGCAUCUGCUCCUUCACCUUUGCUGCCAGAUUCUGCCCGACACCCGCCCUCUUCUGGAACCUCUCUACCUGGUUUACUUCCGUCACCUUCUGCAUUUAUAGCUCAGAAUCCAGCCGCCAACAAGCAGUCCACCCGAAGCUACUCCAAAUCCAAAUGUUCUCAUUGUGGUCUUCUUGGUCACACACAGCAGGUUUGUUAUCGCCUCCAUGGUUACCCUCCUGGUCACAAAUUCUACCGCAAAGGUAAUACUCACAGCUCCACUCCUACUCCCGCUCCUAAUGGUGGUAAUGAUCCUAUUCAAAAACUCCUUCGUUUGCUUCAAGAUUCUAAGGAACCUAAAGCUAAUAUGAUUGGACCUUUUGACGAAGAAGGAGAUUGGUCGGGGCCAUGAACGCGGUGGCUUAUAUGUUUUUUCCCAUUCUGAAUCUUUAAAUGCUCUUUUAAGUGUUUCUUCUGGCACAUGGCAUUCUCGCCUUGGACACCCUUCUGCUACUGUUUUUAAUCAUUUAGCUCCUUUAUUGGGAUGUUCUUCUUUUAAUAAUAUAUGUCACACUUGUCAUUUCUCUAAACAAACUCGUUUACAUUUUCCAUUGCAUCAUCCUACUACUAGUGCAUGUUUUGACUUAAUUCAUGUUGACAUUUGGGGAAAAUAUUCUACCCCAACUCGUGUUAAUCAGUCUUAUUUCCUUACUAUUGUUGAUGAUUACUCUAGAAUGACGUGGACUUAUUUAAUGCAUUUUAAAUCUGAUGCUUAUUUAUUACUUGUGCAUUUUCUUAAUUAUGUUAAAACUCAAUUCCAUACUUGUGUUAAAACUUUCCGCUCCGACAAUGGCUUGGAAUUUACUCAAUCAUCCUUUCAAAAUCUGCUUCUCCAAAAUGGAAUUAUUAUCCAAACCAGUUGUCCCGGCACCCCCCAACAAAAUGGGGUUGUUGAGCGCAAACACCGCCAUCUCCUUAAUGUGGCUCGUGCGUUGCGCUUUCAAGCUGGCCUCCCUCUCAAAUUUUGGGGUGAUUGUCUCCUUACCGCCACUUACCUUAUCAAUCGCACCCCCACUCCCAUCCUUCGACACAAAACUCCAUAUGAAAUUCUUUUCCACCAACCACCUUUUUUUAGUCAUCUCCGGUCCUUUGGUUGUCUUUGUUAUGCUUCCACCAUCCAUUACCACCCCGAUAAAUUUUCCCCUCGCGCUAGGCGUUGCAUUUUUAUUGGAUACCCGCACGGUCAAAAAGGCUACCGCCUCUAUGAUCUUGACACUGAAAAAGUUUUUGUUAGUCGCGAUGUCGUUUUUCAUGAACACAUUUUUCCUUUCCAUGCGACUUCUGAAGAUUCCACCGAACCCUCUCAUGUUCUGCCCCUUCCCAUUCCUGAUCUUCCUUCUUCACCUACACACCCGCACACCACCUCACCUUCCAGCCACUCCCAGCGACCAUCCUCGUUUGAGGAUAUUGUGCCCCAUCCUGUUAACCAUGAAGGUGUUGACCAUCCAUCACCCUCUAUCCCAGCAACUACCUCCCACCCCGUCCUUGACCCUCAUUCACCUAUCCUUAACCGGGCUACUCCAGACCCAUCUAGCUCCCUCCCACACACCGUGAGUCCCAACCCGUCCUCUCAGCAGCCACCCCGCCGCUCUAACCGCAUCUCUAAACCUCCGACUUAUCUUAAGGACUAUGCUUGCAAUCUCUCUACCAUUCACACCCGUCCGGUUCCAUAUCCUAUUCACUCCUCCCUCCACACCCCCAACUACACACCCCGACACCUCCUAUUUAUUAAUAAUAUCACCAAACUUGUGGAACCCACUUCUUAUUCCGCUGCCCAGAAGGAUCCUCUAUGGCGUCAAGCUAUGGAGUCUGAACUUCAAGCUCUUGAAGCCAAUCACACUUGGGAUCUCACUCUCCUCCCUCCCCAUAAAAAAGCCAUAGGUUGUCGUUGGGUUUACAAAAUUAAAUAUCUCCCUGAUGGUACUGUUGAUCGUUAUAAAGCCCGCCUCGUGGCCAAAGGCUACUCUCAACUUGAAGGGCUCGACUACACAGAAGUUUUCGCCCCAGUUACCAAACUCACUACUGUCCGUACCGUCCUUAGUCUAGCUGCCGCUAAACAUUGGCCCACUCAUCAACUUGACGUCUCCAAUGCGUUUCUUCAUGGUGACUUACAUGAAGAUGUCUAUAUGACCCUUCCCCCGGGGUAUGGUCGAAAGGGGGAGACUCGUGUAUGUCACUUGCGCAAAUCUUUGUACGGUCUUAAGCAAGCCUCUCGUUCUUGGUUUUCCACUUUUUCUCAUGUCCUCUUGCGUGCCGGUUUUCGUCAAUCUAAAGCUGAUUAUUCUAUGUUUACUUAUCUUCGUGGUUCUUACCUCACUAUUUUACUUGUUUAUGUUGAUGAUAUUAUUAUAACUGGUGCUGAUCCUUUUAUUAUUCCUUUACUUAAGUGUUAUCUUUCCCAGCAUUUUCAGAUCAAAGAUCUUGGUCCCUUGAAGUAUUUCUUGGGUAUUGAAGUUGCCCGCUCCAAAAAUGGCAUUUUUCUCAAUCAAAGGAAAUAUACACUCGAAAUUCUUUCGGAUACUGGCCUUCUUGGGUGCAAACCUGCACCAUCACCAAUGGAUCCCGAUACUCACCUUGCUUCCUCUACUGGGUCACCUUUGUCUGACCCCGCGCCAUACCGACGCCUCGUUGGGCGUCUGUUAUAUCUUACGGUCACACGACCGGAUAUUACUUUUUCCGUUAACCUCUUAACUCAAUUUAUGUCUUCUCCGCAGGAUUGCCAUUGGAAUGCCGCUCUUCGUGUGGUUCGCUACCUCAAAGCGGCUCCUGAUCUUGGAAUCUUACUCUCCUCUGACACCUCUUUACGUUUGCAUGCUUAUUGUGACGCCGAUUGGGCCUCUUGUCCGACCACUCGCCGCUCCACCACAGGCUAUUGCACUUUCCUUGGCCCAAGCCCCAUUUCUUGGCGCACAAAAAAGCAACCGACUGUUUCUCGUUCCUCAGCCGAAGCGGAGUAUCGUGCUAUGGCAUCUGCCGCUAGCGAGAUAACAUGGCUCCAAUUAUUACUUCGCGAGUUACACAUUCCGCUUCAUCCCGCUCAGUUACAUUGUGAUAAUCAAGCAUCUUUGCAUAUUGCCAACAAUCCGGUUUUUCAUGAGCGUACGAAGCACGUCGAAAUAGACUGUCACUUUGUUCGUGAACGUGUUCAAAAUGGCACAAUUUGCACUUCUUUUGUCCCAUCUGAUCAGCAAUUAGCCGACGUCUUCACCAAAAGCUUACCACCUGCUUCUUUUCGGUCUUUAACUUCCAAGCUCAUGACUCGACCUUGAGCUUGAGGGGGAGUGUAACGGCUAAAUUCUAUUAUGGCAUUAGUCUCCAUAAUUAGAUACUACCUUGUAUAGAUUACUUUUAUUCCUUGAUUUAUUGCCUAGAAUAGCACUACCGUUGCAGCCCAUUAUCAUUGUAUAAAUACUCCUUAUUAUGUCAAUAAUAAUACAUAGCCUUCAAUUCUAGUUUUUCCACAGAAAGAGAUUAAAAAUAUAAUGACUACCACUUCGAAGAUGCCAGGAGGCUUGGAGGUUCUACCAGCUUCGAAAGAAUGAAAGAUACGACUGAAAUAUGUUAUGGGUGGGUUUUCUUGUUCCAAAUAAUUUGAGUUUUUUUGGAGAUUUUUUUCACGAACUGCGGCCAAAUAAAAUAUUUUGCCGCUGAGUUGGCUGUCUAACAUGGUUGCUGAAAGUAGAAAGCGGAAAGCACGGUGUGGACGGUUUUCUAUUCCAACUCACCACCACCAAAAAUAUAGACAGUUCCAUUGGAGGGCAUAUUUUAAUCCCACCAUCUAUUUUGUUGACAUGGC